AUGGACACCAAGCUUGAUCCUGAAUCGGGUGUGCAUCUAUCGGAUGCCGCACAUCAUACACAGACCCGUUCUUUCUACGCACGCAACAAGAGUCGCUUGGCCCUGACUCUUAUCGCUGCGUGCCUUCUGGCUGUCUUGAGCAACACUCGUACGAUCGGUGCUCGGAAAUGCAGUCUACCACUCUCCAUCGAGCAGCGAGUGAAACGUAUCUUGACAGAAACACCCCUCAUAGACGGCCAUGAUGACCUUCCGAUUUUCAUCCGAGAAAGAUUCCAGAAUCACAUCUACGACGACGAGUUCAAGACUCCAUUUACCAAAGGCGACUUGGUAGGCCAUGUAGAUCUACCCAGACUAGCCAAAGGCAGGGUCGGUGGCACUUUCUGGAGCGUCUUCGUUCAGUGUCCCGCCAACUGGACCGAUCUCUCCGACGCCAACUAUGCGACUAGCGUCCGCCAGACAAUUGAGCAGGUAGACGUUAUGCUGCGCCUACAGCAGUCUUACCCCGAUACGUUCUCCGCGCCUCCGAAUGGCACGACUGCUCUUCAAGCCUUCCGUGAUGGGAAGAUCAUCUCCCCACUAGGGAUGGAAGGGCUACAUUCGAUCGGCAACUCACUGGCCCUACUGCGAGACUUCCAUGCGCGUGGUGUUGCGUAUGCCACACUCACCCACAACUGCCACAACCGGUAUGCCGAUGCGGCCCUCGUUGAAAUUCCUGGUGGUAUCAAGAAAGCGGAUCCUCUCUGGCACGGAGUUAGCGAAGCGGGCAAAACGCUCGUGCACGAGAUGAACCGACUCGGCAUGAUUGUCGACUUGUCGCACGUGAGCACAGACACGAUGCGUGAUGUUUUAGGGGCCGGAAAGGAUGACUGGACCGGCAGCCGCGCGCCAGUCAUCUUCAGUCACAGCUCCGCAUAUGCCGUCUGUCCUCAUCCAAGAAAUGUCCCUGACGAUAUCUUGGAGCUGGUCAGAGCACGCAGGUCACUGGUUAUGGUCAAUUUCGCUCCGGAUUUUGUUUCGUGCACUGCCUCGGAAGAUCCCAAGGGGCUGCCCCAUUUCGAGCCCGAGACUGCCACCCUGGCGCACGUUGUGGAUCAUAUUGUGCAUAUCGGCGAACUGAUUGGCUUCGAUCACGUUGGCUUAGGAAGCGACUUUGACGGGAUUCCCACUGUUCCCCGGGGUCUCGAGGAUGUGUCCAAGUAUCCGGACUUGAUCGCGGAGUUGUUGAAGCGAGGUGUCAGUGAUGAGGAUGCAGGAAAGAUAGCCGGAGGCAAUUUGCUGCGAGUGUGGAAGGAAGUCGAUGACGUUGCUCUCCAAUUGCAGGCUGAGGGGGCACUUCCAGCUGAGGAUGACUUUUCUCAUGCCUGA